AUGAGAUGUUAAUUCAUUACCAGAAAGCACAAGAUUCCUUAGCAAGCGAGGUGCCUUACUCAAUUCCACUUGCUGGAAAUUGGUCCUGUCCUUUAAAGAAGGUCCUUAGAUUCUAUGGUAAAACUGUUUCAUAGCCAUGAAUUCCCUAAACUGUUGCCUGUUCAUGAAGCUCUGGACAUUUCCUUCAAAUCCAGCUGAUUGGAGUAGUCUUGGUGAGGUGUUCAUUUCUUGGAGUUUUUGUACUUACCCCUUCUUCAAUGGCUGAGUCACAUUUGGUAGAUCUGUGAAUCUUCUGGACUUUCCUUUGUAAGUUUUUUUUUUUUUUGGGGGGGGAGCGAAAUCAUAACUGGAGCUGCUCUGCACUGACUCCUGGCCUCCUGGCUCUGCACUCAGGAAUAACUCCUGGCAGUACCCAGAGACCAUAUGAGAUGCCAGGAGUUGAACCCUGGUUGGCCACAAGUAAGACAAGCACCUUACCCUCUGGACUAUCACUCCAGCCACCAUAAAUUCCUGUUUUGAUCUUCGGAAUUUGUCAUUUUGAGGAGUGUCUUAGAAUUUUCCUAGUUGAGUAUUUUCUUCCUAGUUGAGUAUUUUCGCUGGGACCUGCAGGCCUCUUAGAUCUUGGUGCCUAUAUUCCUCGUGUAGCACUGUAGCACUGUCAUAGCACUGUCGUCUCAUUGUUCAUCAAUUUGCUCAAGUGAGACCAGUAACGUCUCCAUUGUGAGACUUAUGGUUACUGUUUUUGGGAUAUCGAAUGCGCCACGGGUAGUUUGCCAGGCUACCUGUGUGGGUGGGAUACUCUUGGUAGCUUGCCGGGCUCUCCAAGAGGGAUGGAGGAAUUGAACCCCGGUCGGCCACGUGCAAGGCAAAGGCCCUACCCGCUGUGCUAUCGCUCCAGUCCCGUAUUCCUCAACUUUGAUAAAUUAUCAAAAAUUUUAUUGAUAAUUUAUUUCUUCAUUGACUCUGCCUUCCUGUCUUUAGGGACUCUAAUGAUUUUUAUAUCAUUUCUCCUCAGAUCAUCCUGUAGUUCUCUGGUAUGCUGUUCAUUUCUUUUCAAACUAGUUCACACCUGUUGUGAAGAGUUUCCUCCUCCUCUUGGAGCUCUUAAUCUUUUCCUCUGCUCUUGCUCUGCUGUUGACAGCUUCUGUUGCGUUCUUUAUCUCUCAUCUUCAUUUCCACUUGUAGUUUUCUCAUUUAGCACUCAUACAUGCUUGUGCCUGGCUGGCUUUCCCUGUGCCAUUGCUUCUUUGGGCUGCGUAUACAUGCUCAUGAUGGUGUGACUGAAGUAUUUAUGUGAGAAUCGACUGCUUAUUGGUGCUAGUUGAACCUUCUGUGAUCUUCUUUUCACUCACUGACCUUGGUGGGCUUCUACCUGUCUUUACUGUCAGGUUUGCUGUGCUCCUGCGGGGCUAGGAGGGCGCUGCAGUGUGCUGACUUCUGAUCUGUAGAGCUGGGCCACUGGCUCUGAAGGGGUUCUGGUGUGGACACUGCCAGGGCAUUCUGUCUGCUGACAUCUCCCCCGUUGCUCUUCCAAAAACACCAUGUAGGUUUUUUUCCCAAAUCUGUUUUACCAGAUUUAAAUCUAGGUUAUUUAAAAUAAUUUUACAUAGUUUAUUAAUUCAUUCUACCACCUUCAAUUAGGUCUAGAUUAUUGAAUUUAAAAUAAUUUGGGGUCCAAGUCAUAGAGCAGUAAAAAAUUUUACCAAUUUUACUAGGCAGAAAAGUCAGUUUAUUGAAAGAAAGUCCACUGGUCUGAUGACACAGCUGACAUCUCCAGAGAGAGACCCAUCUCACGUUCUUAGGGAAUGCUUUUGAUCUGGGCUGUGGGAGGCAAGAAACUUCUGCGCUCUAUAAUUAGCCCUGGGAGGGAGACAUGUACACAUCUUUGGGGAGAAAGUAUAUCAAAUAUUCUAAGCCAGGCGCAGAGAUUGAACCUGGGGUUGGCUGUGUAAAAGGUGGGCUCCCUACCCGUUGUACCUGAAAGGUCUGAAAUGGGUCGAGGAAAGGAAGAAACAGUCCAAAAGGAGAAUUAGGCUGAAAUGGGGUUUAUUGAGAAAGACAGCGCUCUGGGGUGGAUCUCACAAGCCUCCAGAGAGGCUAAUGAAGAUCUCAGGCACGUGUGUUUUAGGUGCGUUAACAAGGAAAUUAAGGAGGCCUGGGGCUUCAAGGGGUGCAAGGCUAACUCAGAACCAGGUCCUGUAUUCGCCUGAUGGAGGUUGGUUGGUUGGGGCAAAAGUCCUGUAUACUCCUGUCUUUCAUUGUGGGUCCCAGGGAUUCUUGCAGGGCCCUGGGGUGGUGCUUUUAUGGAGCUGUGUAUGCAGAUUUCUAAGUGUCCAUCUCUGGGUCAACCUAAUGGUACCAUCGCUCUGGCCCCCAACUGGGGGAGUUCACUAGACCACUUCAUUUAAGUGUGCUAUUUAAUGAUUUGUUUUCUUUUCAUGUUCUAUUGUUUACUGCUUAAUUUUUGUCAUUUUGGGACUUUUUCUUGUUUGUUUUUGUUUUUUGUAGGUUACUUCAACAUAAAGUAGAAUUCCUUUUAAUAAUUAAGUUGUUUUUUUAAAAAAAAAACACUUGGUGUAUAUGUGUGUGUGUAUAUAUGCUUUGCAACUGAAUUUUCUGAAUGUAUGUAUAUUUUUUAAAAUUGUAUAUUUUAAAUACAUACUUAAAAACCUUGGCGUGUGUGUGUAAUAUAUGUGCUUCGCAACUGAAUCGUCUAAGUGCAAAUUAAAUUUUAAAUAAAAGGAUUAAUUCUCCCUCCUAAAACGUAAGGAAAUGAAGGGGCUGGAGCAAAUAGUACAGCAGGUAGAGUGCUUGCCUUGCGUGUUGCUGAUGGGAGUUUGAUUUGAGAAAGCACUUAUGUCCUCCAAACUUGCCAGAAGCACACAGCUAGGACCCUGGGCAUUGCAGGUGUCCCCAAAACAAAAACAAUUUUUCUUUUUUAAUUUUUGUGGCCACGCCUGGUUAUACCUGACACAGUUCUUGUAGGAUCAUGCUGUGCCAGGGAUCAAUUCUAAACUUCCUGCUUCAAAGCCUGAACUCCAGCUUUUUGAAGUAACUCUUGGACUGACCGAGACCAGCUUCCUCUUGAGGGCUUGUUCGUUUUGUUUACAUGUAAAUUGGGUAGGUUCUGCUUAACUGAAGCGGAUAAAGAUAUAGAUGAUGCAGAGUGGCCCCACUUGCUCACAGCCCUUCCUGAUCCUAAUUGCUAUCCCUGUCCCCUGCCAUCUCAUUGAUCCCACCACUCCUGCUCCUUUAUUGGUGCCUGAUACAAUCCCUAACCAAUAGGAACUAGUCCUAUUAGCCAGUGGGACCAGGGCAAGCCCUAUAAAAGGCCUUGUCACUAGUUCCUGGGGUUAUCCCACUUGAAACCAAUCUGGAUUACAGAGCACCAAGCUUGGCCUCUGGGUACCCAAGGGUGUAGGGUAGGGCACCGUAGGGUAAGGAAGAUUGGCCUAACCGACUCCCCACCCCCAGCCCCCCAAAUCCUCUUGAGGAUCACCAGUUACUGCAGAUCCUGAGGACCUGGAAGGUGACUUCGCCCCACUCUUUCUCGCCCUGUGCCACCCCAAAGUGGACAUGUCUAACUGUGUGCCCAGUGAAGAAGCCAUUUCAGGCCCUACACUGCCACGCGGGCAGAGCAAGAGGUGCAAGAAAACCUUCACCAUCAAUGACUUCGAAAUUGGGCGUCCUUUGGGCAAGGGGAAAUUUGGAAGUGUGUACCUGGCUCGGCUUAAGGAGAACCACUUCAUUGUGGCCCUCAAAGUGCUUUUUAAGUCCCAGCUUGAGAAGGAGGGGCUGGAGCACCAGCUGCGCCGGGAGGUUGAGAUCCAGGCACACCUGCAACAUCCGAAUAUCCUCCGCCUGUACAAUUACUUCCACGACAGACGCCGCAUCUACCUCAUUCUUGAGUAUGCGCCUAGGGGUGAGCUCUACAAGGAGCUGCAGAAGACCAAGAGGUUUGAUGAGCAGCACACAGCUAUGAUCAUGGAGGAGUUGGCAGAUGCCCUGACAUACUGCCAUGAGAAUAAGGUCAUUCAUAGGGAUAUCAAGCCAGAGAACCUGCUUCUGGGUCUCAUGGGAGAGGUGAAGAUCGCAGACUUUGGCUGGUCUGUGCACACUCCUUCUUUGAGGAGAAACACAAUGUGUGGGACCCUGGAUUAUUUGCCUCCAGAAAUGAUCGAGGGGAGGACAUACGAUGAGAAAGUCGAUCUGUGGUGUAUGGGUGUGCUGUGCUAUGAGCUGCUGGUGGGAAGUCCGCCCUUUGAAAGUGCUUCCUACAAUGAGACAUACAGACGCAUCCUUAAGGUGGAUAUUCGGUUCCCCCAGUCCAUCCCUGCUGGUGCCAGAGACCUGAUAUCCAGACUGCUCAGACUCCAGCCCUCAGAGCGCCUGCCCCUGUCUGGCAUCCUGGAGCACCCCUGGGUCAAGGCAAACUCUCUGAGGGUGCUGCCUCCAUCCUCACAGCCUGUGUCCUGAGUGCCAGCAGCAGAGGAGUACUGGAGCACUGUGCUCUGUGUGUUCGUUUUCAAGAUAUGUUUAAUAAAGGCUGACUAGUUUUUCACCAUG